AUGUCGACCUACAAGGAGCGGCGUCCAGUAGCCCGCUUGCUGGUGAGGUUCGCAGGCCCAGUGCAUCGCGACCGACGUCACGAGUGCUGGGUGAUCGAGACGCCCGAUGGCGACCGUUAUGUCGAGCGGAAGGCCGACUGGCGUUGGCACGCCUCCUUGCUGCAUGGGUGGCCCGAGGGCUUCCGCGGGGACGCGGUGCGGUUCCGCGGCGAGAUCGGGCGCGAGGCGUUGCGCCAGAUGGUGCUCGAGGGUCGUGAUUUGGCGCGCGGGGAGCGGCGCCGUCGUCGCCUGCCGGCCGCCCUGGGCAGACACCUCGGCGAGGAGCCUUCCAUGAUGGUGGACUGGCACGGCGACGAGUGCGGCCUGGACGGAGGUCUGCUGGAUGCUGCCCGACGCCGAGUGAGCGGCAAGCGCGGGCUGACGGACGCUCCGCGGGUUCCCGAGGCGCCGGGCGACGAGGCGGCCACGCGACCAGACUUGGGGGCGCCGGCGCUGGAGGACGCGGAGUCGGUGCUGCUGGUGGCGGAGUUGCAUGCUGGCGGCGGACUGGCUCUGGGCGACGAGGUGACCGCCCACGAGUCGGAUCUCGCGGUGGGGUCGAAGGUGAUCGGCCGGCGGCCCGAUGGUCGCCCUGUCCUGUGUGAGCGGGCGGCGAUAGGCGAGGUGGCGAGCUGGAGGGCCCAGGCGCUGGACAACGCAGGCGUGAGCGAUCCUUUCGACGUGGCGUCGCCCGAGCUCCGCAGCUCCGCGAUACGCGCGGCUCGAGACGAGGCGGAUCGCCUGGCGGCCUUGGGGCGCGGUCGGGUGCUGGCAGCUGGCGGCCGCGGCGCUGGUGGCUGCGAGGACGUGGCAGGCGCGCUGGAGCCUGAGCUGCGGGAGCUGGAUGUCGAUGUCGCCGCGCCCCUUGGUCGACGCGAUCGGGCACGAGUGCGGCGGCUUGCGAACGACGGUCUGGCUAGCUCGAAUUGGUUGCACGGCGCUGAUCGUCGGCCUCCAGCGGGGCCGGUCAGCUGGGCCACGCGCUGCCGCGUGGCCGAGCUGCAGCACGAGACGCAGCGGCGAGCGCAGACUCUGGCGGCUAGCUGGGGCGCGCCCGCCUGCGCGGACGAUCCGCAGCAGCGCUUGUCACAGCUGCUGCGGGGCCGAGGUGGGUGCGCCCAGCUGGCCCAUGCGACGCUGACCCCCUUCUUCCACGCUCGGCUUUCAGUUCCUGAUGACCUGGCUGGCGCGCCGCGCGUCUCGGAGCUGCUGCCGACGGCGGCGCGGAUGAUGUCGAAGGGUUUCGAGAGCCACACGUGGGCCUGGCGCGGCUGUCGCGCGCGCAGAUGCCAGGCGGGGAUCUUCUUCGUCAAGAAGAAAGGUGGCCGACAGCGGCUGAUCCUGGACUGCCGCCCGGCGGGCCGCCUGUUCAGGAGCCCGCCCGGGGUCGACCUCGUCAGCGGUGACGGCCUCAGCCGCAUCGAGAGGUGGACGACGAGCGGCGCUGAUCGAGGCGAGGAGCCGGGGGGCGCUCUGGGCGGCCUGGGCACUUGGCUCGGCGUGAGCGACGUCAAGGACUGCUUCCAUCGGCUGCUGCUGGAUGAUGGGCCAGGCCUGCAGGAGUGCUUCGGCUACCCCUCCUUGCGGGCCGCCGAGCUGGGCUUGGCGCAUCUGGAGGGGGAGCCCCUGGCGCGCGACGCCCUGGUGCACCCGCUGGCGCGCGCGCUGCCGAUGGGAUGGGCCUGGUCGCUGUGCUUCGCGCCCAGCCGGCCAACUCGCACCUCCCUGGGCCACUACACCUACGUGGACAACAUCGGGGUGCUCGGCGGAUCUGAGAGCCAGGUGCAGUCGGCACUGGGCGCAGCCACGUCCUCUUUCGGCGGCGUCGGUCUGGAGGUGCACGAGACGUCCCUGACGAACGCUGGCGGGGGGGCCUUGGGCGUGCAGCUGGAUGGCCAGAAUGGCCACACUCGCCCCGCUCCCUCCAGGUUCUGGCGCGUGCGAGGCGCCGUCCAAGCCCUGUUGCGGCGGCGUGCUGUGAGUGGCUUGGAGCUGGAGAUCGCGGGUCUGAUGAUCUUCCUGCGCGCCGACUGGGGCGCCCGCUGGAUGCCUGGGUUGUACCAGACCGACGCCUCCCUCGACGGCUUCGGGGUGGCCUAUUCGCUGUGGGGCCCGCGCGAGGUAGGCAGCGUUGGGCGCACCUGCGAGCGGGCGCGCUACCGCUUGGGAGCAGGCGCGGCAAGGCAGCACGCGGUGGAGGCAGCGGGCCUGGAGCUGCUGGCCGACGGCGGUAUCGCGGCGCCCGCGGAGCUGGAGCGCGCGAUCCCCGAGGCGGAGGUGGCGCGCUGGUGCCAGGACCCGACCUUCGAGGAGGUGCCCGCGGAGCUGCUGCAUGCUGAUCGUUGGCGGACGGUCUUGGCCGAUCGGUGGGCUCUCGAGGGGGGGGUCCUCCACCUCGAGGGCCGCGCGCUGAUCAAAGCCGUGGAGCGCGUGGCUGGCAUUCGCGCUGGCCACGACGGCCGAGCCCUUCUGCUGGGGGGCAACAUGGCAGUGGUCCUCGCCUUCUCGCGGUCGCGGGCGCGGGACUUCAAGCUGCUGACGAUGUUUCGGCGAGCUGCGGCGUGUUCAUUCAGCCGCUGGCUCAGGUUCAGUUACAGGUGGAUCCCUUCGGAGUUCAAUAGCAGCGACGAGGGGGCAGAUUGUUUGCGAAGGAGUACGAGCCAGAAAAGUGUGCGACUCACCUCUUCCCUCGAGGUGGGAAGGGAUGUGAAGACCAGAGCCAGCUCCAAGAGUCCUCGGAGGCCCAUGGAGGCCCCGCCAGCCCUCGGUCCCAACUGA